AUGACUACGUUCUGUCGAGUGUUGCUAAUAUUUGGUAUUUAUGUGGCAGUUAGUCGCGCGCAAUCUGUCGAAGACGACGUUUUUCAUUUUACGAACCCUUCGCAAGGCAACGCCGUCUGGAUACUUGACGAAUCCAGUCUACCAUGGACCGGUGGUUAUCAGUAUUUAAGAUCAAUCUCCGGAAUGCCAACUACAUUACUUUCCGUUGUUGAUAGUUCGACAGGAAGAACUAUGGCACAAUGUGUUGCUCCACAUGAUGCCACCGGAAAUUUCUCGAAACGAUGGGAAAGGUUCAGCUGGGAGCUGACAAGCGCCGGUCUCGACUGCACAUUUGAGCACGGCGCCGCCACUCACUCCGCAUUUGACCAUAGUCAAAAUCCACGCACCUUCUCGAUUCGCAUUCAAUCCGUGACGGGACCAGCCUGCCUCCGAGAUGUUGUCGUUCAGACCGAACAAGCCACUGGAUGUCCACCACACCUCUCAAGAAACUCGUUCACCGCCAACGCUCUCAACUGUUCUUGUCCCUACUUGGAUGCGGCUAAUGAGGACGGCGAGACUGAAAAUGAGGACGUCGACAUGCUUGCCAACUCACCACAAUUCCCAUUGUUCAAGGUUAUCGACCCAUCGGUCCUUGGCAGCGCAAAUCCUCCAACCCUUCCACCAUCUCCAUGUGCCAACCACGAAUGUCAUAACAAUGGUACCUGCCUAGUUUCUCAAGAAGGUGCCGCCACGUGUCUAUGCCGUAAUGGCUUUACCGGUGAUCGUUGCGAGUUGGAUGUGUGCUCUGCGGUGCCAUGCCAAAACGGUGGAGUUUGCCGAUCAGGAAAUGGAAGAGCAUACUGUGACUGCCCACCAGCAUUUUCCGGAUUGCUUUGUGAAUCGGCUUUCUCCAAUGAGACGACAACUCCAAUCUGUAAUCCAGAAUGUGCAAACGGUCAAUGUGUGCACAAAGACGGUCAAACUCAAUGCGAGUGUCGUCAGGGAUUCACCGGCGCCAACUGCAACGUACUUGACGUGUGCCUCGGAGAUGCCGCCUGUUCGAUGUUCGGUCCAUCUGCCAAAUGCGUUCUUGAUGACAACAUGGAUAACAUGUCUAGCCAUUCGCUGAUCAAUGGAACUUAUGAUUGCCUCUGCCCACAUCCAAUUCAUGGACAAUUUGUCGACUGCAUGCAACUUCACGCACCAUCAGCCACCAGUGUCCAACCAUCGGAACCAGUUGUCGUCAAUAAUGUGACACCAUCGUUCCCAGUUCUUGAAAUUUCACAGUUACCUACAGGUACUGGUGCUAAUACUCCAACGACUUUCACCGCCGGAACAACAACUACAUUGGCCACAGCAGUUCCAGUACAGCAGACCAUGCCACCAACUCAACAAGUGCCAUCAGAACCAUUUGUAGGCUUCACAGUUACCCGCGAACCACUACGACCAUUCGACGUCAGCUCCACCACUAUCCCACCGCCAUUCAACCAACACCUGAUCACAGCUGGCGAGCCAACAUGGAGCAGUCAGCUGCCGCCUCAACAACCACAACAGCCAUCAGAAGUUCCUGUUCCAGCACAAACGAUGACUACAUUCAUCUUCCCACAAACGCCCGAAACUACAACAUUUGCACCUACAACCGGUGUACAGCACAAAUUUGUAUCUCCAAAUAUGCCGGAUGAGAAUGAAGAGGAAGAGGAGGAAGAAACGACGGAUGAAACCGAGGAGACAUUCCCAACUCCAAGUACGAUGCAAGUGGUUACCGGUGUACCGACUACUUCUGAGUUUGUCGUCACUUCCACUGUUCUACCAACAACUUCUGAUAUCGAAGAGACAGAUGAAGAUGAGGAUAUGACUGAAGAAGUUACGGAUAGCUCUACACAAUCAUCCACAACAGUAUUCAUUCAACCAACCAGCACAAUCACAACGGAAGCACCAACAACGACUAUGGAAGAGGAAGAGGAGAUGACCACAGAAGAUACCGAAUCCGAAGAAAUUGCAUCUACAACUACACAGACUAGCUUGCCAUUCUGGAUGACAUCGACAAUCAAGCAAGUCGUCCCAGAUAUUGCUAGUAGCGCGACCCCGAUGAUUAUCAUGCCACACCCACAACCAGAAAUGGAGACUAGUACGGAAGGAGUUGUGGAUGGAGAGAGUGAGGAGGAGAGGACAACAGAAUCCAAUGAAGAUAUUGUGUCGAAAAACGUUCCAACUACACCAUCCGACGUGACACACCAUCAUACAUCGAGUGGAAAGCAGUCGAGCGCCACCGCCAGCUGGAUCAUCGCUAUCAUCGCUUUAAUUGUACUUGGCCUCCUGCUUCUUGCCACCACCCUGUUCAUUUUCCGCUACAUCCGACAGUCACGUAAAUUACACGGAAAGUACAAUCCGGCGCGCGAGGAGCAUAACCUGUCGGCCGCCUACGCGAUGCCAAUGUCACACAUUGCCAAAGAGGAGCGGCUGAUUUGA